AUGGGUAAAGUAGCAUCCAAACUGUCCAGUGAUGAUAUACACGAGCUGAGACAGACUACCAAGUUUGAUAGACGAGAGCUUCAGCAGUGGUACAAGGGUUUUUUGAGAGAUUGUCCCUCGGGCACAAUGACUAAAGACGAUUUCAUCAAGAUCUACAAGCAAUUCUUCCCCUUUGGAGAUCCCACAGAGUUCAGUGCUUACACGUUCAAGGUAUUGGACACAGACAAUUCUGGAGAGAUUGAUUUCAAAGAGUUUAUAACUGCGCUCUCUGUCACCUCGAGGGGGUCUAUGGAAGAGAAGCUAUUGUGGUCAUUCAAACUGUAUGAUCUCAACAACGAUGGAUUUAUAGACCACGAUGAAAUGUUAGCAAUCGUAACUUCGAUCUAUCAGAUGAUCGGCUCAAUGGUCGAGUUGUCAGAAGACGAAAAAACACCAGAACUAAGGGUAGAGAAGAUCUUCAAUUUGAUGGAUAAGAAUGAAGAUGGAAAAAUCUCGCUGCAAGAAUUCCAGGAACGCUGCAAGUUAGACCCUUCCAUUAUAAACGCUUUAACGCUCUACGACGGGCUAGUGUGA